CGUUGUUUCAGAACCUCUCCAUUUUGUUUCUGUGUGACCUUGUGAGUUUUAGGCUUUGCCAUGGACAAUAGCAACGCAAGCAGGAUGAGCCAGUUUACCUUUGAUCAACUCAGUCACAGUGGUGUAGCGUCAAACCCCUACGCUCACGACGUUUUAGUUUCACAAGACCAAUCACGCAGCGCAUCGACACCAUUCUCCUACCUACAAAAUUUGGCGGCAGCAAAUCUUCAGCUUCAGGAUCAACAGCACUAUGACAACUUGUUUGAUGAAGUACUUUUUCCCUCCUUGCCAGAAGUCUCUACGGGCAUGGGAUCCAAUGUGAACACACGACUCGUACAUCAUGAUGCGUUUGCGCCUUUCGGUGAUAGUAAGUUGAUGGCAGCACCAGCGCCAGCAAUGGCCUUACAGCCAGGACGACAGGAUCUCCAGCCGCCAAAUAUUGCCGGCUUACUUGACUUGCCACCAAGUCCACACGACCUCAGCCAGUCACUUCCACAGAGUAACGUAUUCGGAAAGCAGUCGUCAAUGAAGGAACCUGAAAACCCAGCGACAACAUUCUCCUUUCACCAAGGUCAGACGGCACCGACCCUUCCGCAUAGCCUAAUGCCGGAUAACCAGCAUAAUUCCAACAGUUUGAGUGAUGCAGCACUUUUUCCGUUCCCGCCACAAGUUUCUAUAGGCGUCAGCUCAUUUGGAAAUAUAGGAUUCCCUCAUGAUGUGUUUGCGCCUACUGGUGACACGAAUGCGAUGGUCGUGUCAAGGCAAGGACGACAACAUAUUCCAAGUUUACCGGAAAUGCCACCAAGUCGCCGUCACGCCCUCAGUGAGCCACUUCCACAGAUCACCUUACUCGGGCAGCAGCCGUCAAUGCAAGAACCUGAUUACUCAGCGACACCAUUCUCCUUAAUCCCAGGUCCGGCGGAACCACUCCUUCAGCCUAACCUACCCAACAGCUUGAGUGAUGCAGCAAUCUUUCCCUACCUGCCAAAAGUCUCUACCGCCAUGCGCUCUGAUGUAAAUACAGGAUUAAAUCAUGAUGUUUUCGCGCCAUCGUGUGGUAUUGAUGUGUUCCUAUCACCAUCACUAGCAAGGGGCCUACAACAACAACAACGACAACAACAACAUCACAAGCCACCACAUAUUCCCAGCCUGCAGGUAAUGCCACCGCAUCACCAUGACCUCAGCGAGCCACUACCACCGAGUAACGUACUUGGACACCAGCCGUGGACUAAUGAACCUGAAAAAAUUGCCAAAGCCAAAAUAGUCUGCCCGGAAUGCAAAAGGAGUUUCUCUUCUCCGUCGCAGCUCAAAAGACACAUGACAGUGCACACCGGGGAGAGGCCAUAUCGUUGCACAGAGUGUGGACAAGCCUUCUCGCAGAAACAUAAUCUAACUGUGCACAUCCGAAAACACACCGGGGAGAAGCCAUAUCAUUGCGACAGAUGCAACUCACGUUUUUCUCAGCUAACGACACUAACCAGACACAAGAGAACACACACAGGUGAGAAACCAUACAAGUGCACUAUCCCGGGCUGUGAACAGGCAUUCUCACAGUCCUCCAACCGCAACUGCCAUGUGCGUCGCCACAAGGCCAAUAUGGAGAAGCAAACCAAACCUGCCAGUGGAUUUUUUGUCUUUGCCAUGGACAAUAGCAACGCAAGCAGGAUGAGCAAGUUUACCUUUGAUCAACUCAGUCAGAGUGGUGUAGCGUCAAACCCCCACACUCACGACGCUUUAGUUCCACAAGACCAAUCACGCAGCGCAUCGACACCAUUCUCCUACCUAUCAAAUUUGGUGGCAGCAAAUCUUCAGCUUCUGGAUCACGAGCACUAUGACAACUUGUUUGAUGGAGUACUUUUUCCCUCCUUGCCAGAUGGCUCUACGGGCAUGGGCUACAAUGUGAACACACGACUCGUACAUCAUGAUGCGUUUGCGCCUUUGGGUGAUAUUAAGUUGAUGGCAGCACCAGCGCCAGCAAUAGCCUUACAGCCAAGACGACAGCAUCUCCAGCCGCCAAAUAUUGCCGGCUUACUUGACUUGCCACCAAGUCCACACGACCUCAGCCAGUCACUACCACAGAGUAACGUAUUCGCAAAGCAGCCGUCAAUGAAAGAACGUGAAAACCCAGCGACAACAUUCUCCUUCCACCAAGGUCAGACGGCACCGAUCCUUCCGCAUAGCCUAAUGCUGGAUUACCAGCAUAAUUCCAACAGCUUGAGUGAUGCAGCACUCUUUCCGUUCCCGCCACAAUUUUUUAUAGGCGUCAGCUCAUUUGGAAAUAUAGGAUUCCCUCAUGAUGUGUUUGCGCCUACUGGUGACACGAAUGCGAUGGACGCGUCAAGGCAAGGACGACAAUAUUAUAUUCCAAGUUUACCGGAAAUGCCACCAAGUCGUCGUCACGACCUCAGUGAACCACUUCCACAGAGCACCUUACUCGGGCAGCAGCCGUCAAUGAAAGAACCUGAUUACUCAGCGACACCAUUCUCCUUAAACCCAGGUCAGGCGGAACCACUCAUUCAGCCUAACCUACUCGACAGCUUGAGUGAUGCAGCAAUCUUUCCCUACCUGCCAAAAGUCUCCACCUCUAUGCGCUCCGAUGUAAAUACAGGAUUACAUCAUGAUGAGUUUGCGACAUCGCGUGGUAGUGAUGUGUUGCUAUCACCGUCACCAGCAAGAGGCCUACAACAGCAACAACAACGACAACAACAUCACAAGCCACCACAUAUUCCCAGGCUGCAGGUUAUGUCACCGCAUCACCAUGACCUCAGCGAGCCACUACCACCGAGUAACGUACUUGGACAGCAGCCGUCGAGUAAAGAACCUGAAAAAUUUGCCAAAGCCAAACGAGUCUGCCAGGAAUGCAAAAGGAGUUUCUCGUCAUCGCUCAAAACACACUUGACAGUGCACACCGGGGAGAAGCUAUAUCGUUGCACAGAGUGUGGACAAGCCUUCUCGCAGAAGCGUAGUCUAACUGUGCACGUCCGAAAACACACCGGGGAGAAGCCGUAUCAAUGCGACAGAUGCGACUCACGUUUUUAUGAACAAACAGCACUAACCAAACACAAGAGAACACACACAGGAGAGAAACCAUACAAGUGCACUAUCCCGGGCUGUGAACAGGCAUUCUCACAGUCCUCCAGCCGCAACCGGCAUGUGCGUACCCACAAGGCGAAUAUCGAGAGGCAAACCAAACCUGCCAGUGGAUGCCACUAAACAGGCACUGCUCUAUUGGACCAGCAUGUCCAGUUCGAACAAUGUCGGCAGGAGCACCAAAUCAGAAGAUAACAGGGCCAGGAAAUGCGGUUAUAGGGGUGUACGUUUUUGGAAACAUGAUUUCUGUGCUGGCGUGCACUGUGUGGAAUUUGAGCAAAAGAAUGAUCUGACAAGUGUGUGUGUGUACAAGUAGUAUCCUGGCCUAAACUGCAUUUGCUGCUGCACCCAUCCUAUCACCCUCCGCUAGCAACCAUUCACGUCUUUGAUUUAUAUAUAAUUGCAAAACAGCCUAUGUUCAGGGCAUUUUGUUGUAGAACUAUGCAUUGGUUUUCUGAAUGAUGACAUUACCAAUGUCUCUUGCCUCGCGUAUAGUACUUUACCGUAGUCGCAUUUUGGGUUUGCCGAGUUUUCACUUGAUUUGCUAGUUCAUUUGUGGGUCUUCCAUUUUCUGUGUUUCCUUUUGCUACAUGUUGCUACUGUGCAUGCGGAACGUGGUGUUGGUUUAUUCCAUGUACUGAUUUUGUAGAAUGUCAUCGAGGGGUGGGUGUUGUAAAGCGAUGACAUUAUAUUUCUUUUCUGUAUAAUGAUAUUCCCCAAACUGUCUCUUGUUUAGCAUACAUGCGUGAGAUGAGCAUACGUAAUUAGUGAGUUUUCAGUCUUGCCUUUUCAGUCUUCUUGUUCUUCCGUAAAAAAAGUUGUUGUCCCAGCUUUCCCGUUAUGUCGCUCAUGAUGGU